UCACACGACUCGCCCGACGCACUUAGGGAACUUAGAGUUUCUAUUGAACACAGCGCGGCAUAACGCUUAUAGACCCUGCCGAACAACCUUUGGUAUUACCAAGACCUAAAUCAGCAGUAAAACAAAAAAUCAACAGACUCCUAAGUUGCAGAAAUGAGAGGCUCAAUGGAAGUUGCUGCUGUUUUUCUUGCUGCAUGGGCAAAUGUGGCAUUUGCAAGAAAUCUGCCGCCGUUCAGCGCUCUCAAGUCGUCGUACCCAGGCCAUGCGAGUCAAGGGGGAUUGUACACUGAUGAUAACGUGAUGCUGUCUGUCAAAGCUGAAAACCGGACCAUCAACAACACAUGCGCACUGCGAAUCAGCAUCAUGCUCAACUUCAUACCUUUCCAUCAAAUAUCCAGCCUCCCGAAAGGCCUAAAUGAUUCCCAAUACCACGAGAUGAUAAUCACUUCCGCUCAAUUUAACACCUCCAUGUACUUCAUGCUUGACAACGAGGCUCUGAUGGCGCACAUGAAUCGCGUUUACGGACAGCCGCUGGUCAGCUCCAGGGUUGAAGACUUCAAGAACAAACUGGGGAUCAUGCUGAUCUCUAUGUCUGACGGUCGUGAUAACCAGUGCGGCGCAGUCCUCUGGGAUGGUUACGGAUUCUUUCAGGCUCGAGCCUUCUUGCGAUAUACGAACAUGUCAGCCAUCUACUUUUGGCAAACCCCGGAUGAGCCCUGCUCAAUCGUCCAAGGAGAGAAAUCAGAGAGCCUUCUGUGUUUUCCGUCAGCGGCACAGGUGGAGCUGGACUCGGGCGAGCGAGUCGCCAUGAGCGAGCUAAGAAUCGGGGACGCUGUAAAAACCACUGAUAAGCAGGGAGAGGCCUUCUACACUAAGGUUGUGACAUUUCUUCAGCGCGAGCCGAGCCACCUCGCAAAAUACUACACUCUGAUGACAGAAAGUGGUGCCCAGGUCACCAUGACCGAGUCACAUUUGAUCUUUACCAAGAACCUCCAGGUCUCCAGCAACGGCCUUCACAGGCGAGACGCGGUCUACGCUGCACGCGUAAGGCCUGGUGACUACGUUUACGUCCAGACACCUGGAGAGGAUACUACGCAUGCGGAGAAAGUUGUCGGAGUCGCCCUGGGUAGAGAGGUUGGGGCAUUUGCGCCGGUUACUGCUGAAGGGACCAUGCUAGUAAAUGGGGUGCUUGUGUCUUGCUUCGCGGAUAUUUCGGAUCAUGAUUUGGCUAACUCACUCAUGUCCCCUUUGAGAUCUUUUUAUAGCAUGGCGCCACAUUACCUUGGGUCUGGAGGGACCUAUUUGCAUAAGUACCUUAAGGUGGUUUUGAGACCCGUUGGUAUAAGGGUCUUUGGUGAAGAGAAAUUCUACAAGGGACCUUUUGAAGAAUAUGCCAAGAAAAACUAAGGAACAGAAAUAAAAAGCGACAAUUCCACUUAUUUGCUAAGAAUAAUGGGCCUUUGAUUUAUGUUGUAUUUGAAAAUUUGAAUAAGCAAGCACUGAAUUGCAAGCAUAUUUAACAGACAAUUCAGAAGAGGGACUGUUUCGUAUUCACAGAGUACAUAUUUUUUUGGGUAUGCAUAAUCUACAAACCAUGACAAAUAUACUGAACUCAACUGAACUCCCCCCCCCCCCAACUAUAUAAACAAGCCCCAUUCUAUUUCAUACUAAACGGUAAAGAGAUAUUGUUGUUACUUAUUUAUUUAUUUAGACUUACUUCACACUAAGAUGAUUAAACAACGAAAUAAAGAGAAACAAAAUACAUGGUGAAAAGUGAAAACAGGCGCUAGGUCACGGCAAGGCCAACACCGACACUAAAUAGAAACAUGAAAGAUAAAUAAAACACAGCACAAUUGAUAGUUUUGAUACUUUAAAUGAUAACACUUUUAAUCAAUUCAGAAAAUAGUAUAAAAUCAUUUUGAAAAAAAAGGAACGCAGUCAUUACACUGAGGCCAUUUUCAUUUCAAGGCCAUUUCUAGCUUUUAUAAAACAUUGAUUCUGCGUCCUUAGUAUGUAUUACUCUUGAUAAAAAAUAUUUUACUUCUUUCUAAACAUCGGCCUUUUUUAUCACGUACUAAAAACCUGGUGAAAUCUCAGGCUGAACAUUGUUAUAAAAACGUUUUUUGUUAAAAAAGAUUGUAUGGCUGCCUUCGCAAAAAAAUUUCUUGCUGAGUGAAGUUAUGAAAGUCUUAUUGUGCAGUUUCAAAAAUAAAAAAAGUGAUGGAA